AUGGCGCUGCGGGGCCGCGCGCGCGCAGCCGCUCCUGGGGUGUAUGGACACCUCCUGCUUGCAGCUUUCGCCGCCUUCCUGCAUGCAAAACCGCCCGAUCCAAACAGCACUUUUAAAAAUGUUUUUCUUUUUGGAAUUGGAGUUGAAGGAUCUUUGAAUGUGCAUCCCUGCGUGGCGGACUUUUUGGUGUCUUCUUUGCGGGACUUGACGUCGUGUUUCCCGUCUGCGACUCCACCUCCGGCCCCGCCUGCCCCCACCUGCGCUUCCCGCCGCUGCUCCCGGCCCUCCAGCCCCCCCGGGGCCCCCUGGGGCCCCCCGCCGCCCAAGCGGGGGGCCCCUAUUCCGCGCACCUGCACCGGCCGGUGCCCGCCGCGGGCGGCUUCCCCAGCAGCAGCAGCAGCAGCAGCAGCAGCAGCAGCAGCAGAGGCGGCGGGCCCAGCUGCUGCGGCUGCAGCGGGACACGCAGCAGCAGCAGGAGCGGGAGCGGGAGCGGGGGGCGGCACGGCUGCAGCGCCCGCUGCAGAGGCCACCCCAGCAGCAGCAGCAGCAGCAGCAGCAGCAGCAGCAGCAGCAGCAGCAGCGAGGCCGCUGCCGCUGACGGGCCCGCUGGCGGAGGCGCUGGGGCCCUCUGCUGCUUCGCAGGCUUUGCUGCUGAACCUGCGGGGGCCCCCGAGGCCCCUGGAGACCCACGUGCUGCUGAGCAGCCUGGAGGGGACUGCAGCACGAAGAAGUUCUCUUCACAGCUCAAGUGCCUCUCUACGCCCUUUCCCCCCUCUACUCGGGGCCCCCGGGGGGCCCCCCCCCACGCUGCGCUUCGUGAACGCCCUCGACUUCGCGAAGGGCAACACUCUCCACCGCAUCGAGGCCCUCCGCUUCACCUACGCCUACGAGGGGGCCCCCCAGGGGGGCCCCCCUGGGGGCCCCCCGGGGGGCCCCCCGGGGGGCCCCCCUGAGGGGGCGGCCGGGGGGGCCCCCCCGGGGGCGUGGGGCGAGGGGGGCCCCGGGGGGCCCCUCGGGGGGCCCCCCGAGCCCGUGACGUUCCGGAGGCCCCUGAGCUGCUCGCCGUACUUUGCUGCAGUGGGGGCUUUGCAGCUGCUGGUGGCGGAGAAGACUUGGAGCAGCAAAAGAGUUUAUUUAGUUGAUGCUGCUGCUGCUGAAGAGGGGAGAGCAGCACGAGCGCGGGCGCAUGCAGCAGCAGCAGCAGCAGCAGCGCGGGAGGCGGAGAAGCGGGCGCUGGCGGAGGCGCGCGCGCCGCUGCUGCAGCAGCUGCUGGGCAGCAGCAGCAGCAGCAGCAGCAGCAGCAGCAGCAGGAGGGGCCCCCGCAUCGAAAACCUGGGGGCCCCCCUCAGAACAGAUUUAUUUCUCGGAGACGAAUCUGCUGCUCAGAAGGAGGGGGCCCUUUACGUGGGCGUGCUGCUGCGGGCGCAGCCGGAGUGGGACUUGCUGCUGCUGGAGCCCAGCCCCUUCGCGCCCGCUGCUGCUGCUGCUGCUGCUGCUGCUGCUGCUGCUGCUGCAGCAGCAGCAGCAGCAGCGCGGCUGCCCGUGUCUUGGCAGGAAAACAAAAGAAUAAAGUUCGGAAGGUUCGACUCUUUGCCUUACCAGUUUGCAGACCUUCGGAGGCCCCUCAAAAGGGGGGCCCUUUACCUCCAAGACCUUCCUGCGGAGGCCCCCGUGCUUUCGCUGAACCAGCUUUCGCAGCUCAAGCUCGUCUUCUUCAGGAAG